GGACUGAAUGGAAAGUCAUUUAAACCAGUUGAGACUGUCCGCCACACUGCUCAACACAUGCUGGCUGGCAUCAACAGUUAUUUUGAUUUCUUAACUGAAAAGAUUUAACCAUUUUCCCACGGGUUAGGUGUGGUGGGGGAUCUUUGCCAAAAUGGCACAAAAAUACGCAGCAUUUCCAAUUUUAGCUGGCUUAGUGUGAAUGUUAACACACUAACAAGCUAGCUAGUGUUCGCUCACAAUAAAUGCCAGAAAACUGAAGACGUCAUAACUUACUUUGAAGAAAGCAGUGAGGUCUCCUCAAUCAGCGAUGGUAACUGACAGUGAAAAUAACUUUAAACUUUUAUGGAGUGCUACUAACUAAGUUCUGUGGUCACUUCAUAGAGUUCCUCGCAGGAUUUGACAGUUUGAUAGUUUUGAAGCAGAAAUGAGAAACUGUGACUUGCAAACCAAAAAUAAGAAACACAAACCAAAAGACAGGCAAUACAAGCUGUGAUUUUAUAUUCAAAUCACAUUUCUUUGGAUUUCACAUUUUAGCUCUUUGUCAUAUUUUUGAAUGAUAGUAAUUUUGGGUUGCGGUUUAUAUUGGCUGUUUGUGAUUGCACAUUCCUAUAUAUACAGUGCUUUCUAUACAUACACACUCCCACCCAGAUGAUACAUUGGGGGCAAUUUUGGGGUUCAGUAUCUUGCCCAAGGACACUUCGAUCGCAAGGAAUGUGAGUCCUGAAUAUUUAGUGUGUUGCAAAAUGAAUCUCUAUCAAGAGAAUAAGUGUUAAAAUAUGUGUUUUCUUCAUCCUUUGCCCCACAUUGUCUCUCUGAAGGAGUGCUAGAGUGUGUCCCUUGUGGAGUUGCAGGACAGAGGCCCAGCUUUGAACAGCAGGUCAUCCAGUCCCAGAACCAGUCCCAGAUCCAGAUCAGCAGGAUGAGGCAUACUGGCAACAACAGCAGCAGAGGAGUGGAGAAGGAGGAGGAGCCAGAUGUGGUGCUGGUGAAGAUGGAGGAGGUGGAGCCGGUGACAGGAACUCAGAACCAGACAGGCCUCAGCAUACAGGAGGGGUUGGUAGAGUCGAGUACAGAUGACUAUAGAGGAGUGCUGCCAUUUGAUGAAACCACACAAGCUUCUACCAAUCAACUUUCUGACCUGCAGGAGUCUUUGGGGGGCUUCUCAGAGUCUGCAGCCCCUCAGUCGACCCCCAUUAUAUCAGAAGACUCCAGCAGUAUAGUGGCAGCCGAGCUCAGGGUACCAGACACCAAUACACCAGGCAACCCCAACGCACAACAACUGCGGAGAUCCAGUAACAGCAACACUCUCAACUCUGAAUACUCUCUGUUUGAAUUGGAGACAUUCUUUACCCGCUGGGCCCCUGAUAAUGACUCUGUAUCAGCCCAUGGUGGCCCUUCAUGUUCUUUCACCGCUGAUGACUCAGCAGAAUGUGACCAGGAUGGAGUUAUUAUCGUAGAGACUGAAUCAUCAGUUUCCUCAGCAGUGAGGAUGAGUGGAAGUCAGAGUUUGUCUUCUGCAGCCGGCUGCUCCACAGUUCAAAUCCAGCAGUCUGUGUCACAAGCUCUAUCAGCAGGAACUUCUGUGUCCAUACCUCUGAGAAAACAUGCUCCAUCUUCCCAGCGUCCAUGGAGCAGUUCACCAGCCAUGAUCAGAAGUGCACAGGCUCAGCUGCUGCAGCAGCCUCGGAGCAGCAGCAGGAUCUCUCAGCAGCAGCAGCAGCAGCAGCAGCAGCAGCAGCAGCAGCAGCAUCACCACAGCAUCCUUCCUGCACUAAGCACUCUGUCCUCCAGCACAGCUGCUGUCAGUAACACUCACAGUGGUGAUAAAACAAGUAUUUCUGGUAUCAGCUCAACCUGCAGGACUAUGAGUUCCACUGUGGCUCCAGAGUCAGCUUUAACUGUAAGGGGAUCCACAGCAGUGUUGGCCAGCAUUGAGGUGGCCAUCGCUGCACAGCAUCAAGCCAGCCUUCUGGCUUGCCACAAUAAAAGCCACGCUGCCAGCAUCACACCCAGUGAGCGCCGCAGGAAAAGCUACGUAUGCAGAACCUGCGGCAAGGCUUUUUCCGGCCUUUCCAACCUGGAGGCCCACGAGAGAGUCCACACAGGAGAGAAACCUUUCUGCUGCAACACCUGCGGGAAACACUUUUCUGAGGCUGGGAACCUAAAAAAGCACCAGAGAGUUCACACCGGGGAGAAACCCUUCAGCUGUGACCAGUGUGGGAAGAGGUUUGCCUGGAUAUGCAACCUGAGGACGCACCAGCAGUCUGCCACAGGCUGUGGGCCGCAGUCCAGGGGAGGGUUAGGAGUGGGCUGAUCAAACACAGUCAACUGUUGGGGACAGGACUGCUAAUGCUAGUAAUACUUCAUUCACACAGUCACAGGCACCUAACGUUUUUCAAACAGUGGUACAGCAGCAAUACUUGUUCUGUCUUUCCUGAUGUUUUGUGUCUUUGAUAUAUGAUCAAACACUGUACCACUACUAGCUCUCAGUUUAAGGACCAAACCAGUGUUUUUCAUGCUCAUUUGUUACAAACCAUGUGUAUUUAAUAUUACUACUGACCAUUUAAGGUAGGUUAUGUUUUUUAAGAACUGCUUUUAUUUAAUGCAGCCUGAUUUGAAAGUAAGCACUGCAAUACCAUGCAACAAUACUUAUCAACUGACUUAUCAACUUGCAAGCACUUGAAACUUGCAUAAGUUAAAAAAAAUCACAGUGUUGUUUUCAACUCAAGUAAGUGUAUAAAGUGUCUGCAAGUAUAUUUUCAUGCUUUACUGAAAUACACUAAAGGCUGCCUGAAUGCUAGAGAAAGCACAUUAAAAAUCCCAGCAGACUGUGGUGUUCUUUGGGAAACUAUUGGUAAUGAUGUCAUUAAUACUUGUGCUGAAUGGGAUAAAAUUUAGUUUGGUCUUCCUCUAACUUGUUUUUGGGUAUGGACAGAAAUAUUGUAGGGAAUCUCAAUAACACAAAUCACAUAACUGAACUACACAGGUGUUGUGCCACUACCAGUUAACCUCGCAACAGGAAACACACUACAUUAGUUCCAUAAAAAACAUUCGUACUGCACGUUUAAAUAAGAGGCGACGAUGCUGUUCAGCACGUUUCUGUAGAGGAUUAAAUGGAAAGAACAAAUGUUCUACAUGUAUGCUUUUAUACAGUUAGAAUGAAGAGUUUUAAUAGUGCCAACUCAAGCAAAAA